CGCUCGCACUUUUGGGGCUCUUUUCUACACAGUCCAGAGAGCGGUAACUUGAUCGAUGUUCUUAACUUAGUAAUGUUCAACAACCAACCUAUCACUUGAGUUAUGUGUGUGUAUUCUACGGAGUGACUUGCCCGUCCUUCUUAACCUAGCAGCAGCCGUGACUUAUUACCUUCACCUAGUGCUCUAUUUAGAAGUGUCUUUGUGACCCAAAAAUAUGACACAUUCUUCAUAUGAGCAAGCGUGUGAAGCAGCUCUCUUUUUAAGAGAUCGCUUGCCGUCUCCGUUGCAAGCCCCUCGCAUCGCCAUAAUCUGUGGCUCUGGCUUGGGCGGGCUCGCCAAAACAAUUGACGCCCAACCGCGAGCCGAAUUUGACUUCAAGUCAAUUCCUCAUUUCCCUCAUCUAACAGUUGCCGGCCACGCAGGAAAACUCGUCUUUGGAUGUCUCAACGGGCAGGUCCCUGCAGUGUUGAUGGUGGGCCGAGCUCAUUACUACGAGGGCCAUUCUCUUGAUCGAGUGACAUUUCCUGUACGCGUGUUUAAGCUAAUUGGCAUUGACACAAUAAUCUUAACCAAUGCCGCGGGGGCCUUAAAUCCCGAUUAUAUGGUGGGAGACAUUGUGCUACUCAACGACCAUUUAUUCCUUUCUGGACUGGCAGGCAUUCAUCCACUAAGAGGGCCCAAUGCCGAAGAAUUCGGUCCACGUUUCCCUCCACUAUCUGAUGCCUACGAUCUCGACCUGCGCCGCCAUGUUCAUAAAGCUUGGGCCGCCAUGGAUCUAUCGGGCAACCAGAGGAGGCUCCACGAGGGUAUAUAUGCUUUUGUUGGCGGACCAAGCUAUGAGACCAGAGCAGAAUGUCGCAUGCUCCGCGGAUUAGGCGCCGAUGUGGUGGGGAUGUCCACUGUUCCAGAAAUUGUUGUUGCGAGGCAUUGCGGCGUGCGAGUCCUAGCAUUGAGUCUCGUGACUAAUAAGGCUGUUCUGGAACCAGUUCCCCGAGGUGAUGACAGUUUGCUCACAUGCAAGAGGGCGGAAGAGCUGGAUGCAAUCAUGCAGGAAGGAAAGGCUAACCAUCAAGAAGUCCUAGACGCUGGUCGCUCGGCAGCAAUCGACAUGCAAGUAUGCUCGUUCUUCUCCCUUGGAGCCGAAUGUCAAUUGACACGUGUGCAGAGAUUGGUGAUGGAGACAGUCGCUUUCGGGUUUCCACCAUCCGACAGGCGCUAACGGGGCGAUCUCGCGAAUUGGGGGCGAGACGACCCUGUUCGGUAAGCGCACGCGAG